CCAGGUUGGUGCUGCAGUUGCCGCUCCACUCUCCGAUCGACGGACGUACGCGGCGUGGUCACCGCGGUCACCCUGGACGCCGACUUACGAUCUUGACAUACGAGGGAAAAGUUUUCGGUCUUCUCGCCUUUUCUCGCCGGAUCGGUUAAAGGAGUGCGUCGAACGCGGUUGUCCCAUUUCAUUUUAUUUAUUUCACUGUUUUUACAUUUUCUUUUCCCACAAUUCGAUUUCGGACUUGGGCGAUUGGACCUGACCGGUGGGCCCGAUUACUCAAAGAUACUGGGAUAACGCGCUAAGACGUUUGAACGAAAGAAAAAUAGAAGAAAAAAAUCGUCGAUUGGUUCGGUUAAAUCCUACUUACCUACCUACUUUCUAUGCCGAUCGAUUAACGGAAACAAUGACGUUCGAUCCCGAGCUGUGUGACAAGCUUCGAUCGGGAUCUAUUUUUCUCGGAUUCGCUAACCGUGACUUUCGCAGCCGUGCGCAAGAGGAUAGUGAUUAAGGGGUAUCGAGACUUUCGAGGUGAAUCGGGGGUCCGUCGCGGUCCGAAUAGCGAGGCGGUGUAUUGCGAUAUUUGAUUAAUAGAAUACAACUAUCUGUGCCGCUGAAAGUAAGAAGCGUCGUUGUCGGACCUACUUUUUGGUAGGUAGCGCGGAUUUGCGCCGGUGGUACAGAGACGAGCAGUGAGUAAAUACCUAAAUCAAAGUGAGCUCGCCGAGGGAAUCGCGCGGUCAGGUUAACCCAUUUACCGCGGAAAAGGUGGUCGUCCCUAAUUACGCUCUGCUACAGCACCUUAAAAGGCAUCAAAGCGCAGCGUGAAACGCCGGCCGUAUACAUCCCACAAUCCAUCCAACCUGACGGAUAAUCGGUGAUAUCAUGAGCCGGGGAAACCUGCAGCAUAGAAUCUGUGGUGUGUAAAAAACGAUUUGGGCAUCGAUUUCACGGUGAUAUUGAUCGUCGUUGUAAACCUGCCGGCGUCGCCACAUAAACGGUGCCAGAAUGCGGUGGCUCGGAUACGUUGCCACGAUCCUCUGGUGGUCAGGCAUCGCGAGGUCCCUCAGCACGCUGAAUCGAGGUCACAGUUACAAAAUCAGUCCGAAGCCGUGCAAGGGACCUGAACCAGGGGGUGAUGAGGGGACCUGUAUGUUCGUCUGGGAAUGCAUCAAGUCGGAGGGCAAUCACGUGGGGGUCUGCGUAGAUACCUUCAUGUUCGGGAGCUGCUGUGUUCAUAACGCCACAACGAAUAAUGUCAACGCUGAUCCAGGGUUCGCGGGGAGUCCACCUCCGCGGCCAUCGCUUGCAGAGGCUUUGUCCGCCGCACCCACAAGGCCGACGUCCCCAAGCUCGCCGUAUUUACAUCAGCAGAGCCAGUCGACGACUUCUUUGCCGAGGCCCCAGAACGUCGCGAGUGCCUCGAGUGGGAGCGCGCAGGGAGCCCAAAGGCCGAAUUCCCAGCGACCCAGACCAGCUCAGAAGAGACCUUACGCCAAGCCCAACGCGAACCAAGACAAUAGACUCGACCCUACAGCUCAGGGCUCCCGCCCGCAGGGUGUGAGGAAUCCUUCGCUAAGUAACGGUCUACCCACGGUAUCCGGCAGUCUGCUGGUGACUCAGGCGGAUGACUCGAAAACGAAGACCCAAAGUCCUGGACACUCGAUGCAGCACGAAGCAACCGGGCCCAGCGACAAAGUGGACAACUCUCACAACACGCUGAUCGUAAAACUUCCGAGCAGAGUUCCUAGCCUGCCGGCAAGGCCCCACAGGCCUGGGUAUGACCAGAAGCCUUCGACCGCUCAACGACCCUCGGAGUCACGACCUGAUGAUGGAAAAACCGGAGAUGCUGACCUUGUCGUUCAGGCGACGAUGCACCGACCCAGCGUUGACUUGGCCAAUGAAGACGAUACAGAAGUUGGAGUCCAACUGCACAGUCCAAACUACAUACACACCGAACGUCCCCAGUGGGCCACGAAGCCUGCGGCGUCUCACAAGCCGUCGACAGACUACUCAAAACCUCACUUCUCUGUAAAAACAAGUACCUACCGACCCGGAACGUAUAUCUCUCAUCAGAGUCAACCUAGCGAUAGGCCGAACUUUGUGUCUAAGCCGCAAUUCGACAGGAUACCAGGGAAACCCACAAGUACCGUACGGCCAACGUACUACAGCAGUCAAAUGACCGGCACAGCCGGGCUCACUCAGCCAUCAGUUCAUUGGCAAGUGACCACAGAACCAGCUUUUAUUACCAAACAUAAACCUGCAACCAGCAGACCCCCUACGAUUCUUGAAGCUGCCAGACCCACUGCUUCUAGUCCUCAAAUCUGGUCCGAAAAUAGCUGGACUCCUCCACAACCCUCCCUCAAACCUCAUUGGACCGACGAUCCGUCUUGGCUGAGCAAUGGACCCCAUAGUUUCCCUUCAAAACCUGCUGGAUCCCAGAGACCCACGAGACCCACAAGUCCGAACAAACCCUACGAGAGUUCAGUAUAUGAAAAACCAAUGGGAGCAGCUCACUACAUUACGACGUCUUACGUGGAAACGUCAACGAAAUCAAAGCCCACGAAGAAGACCAACGCGUCGACAACGCCCACGAGCACGAGUACGACGAGUAGUACCACGACAUCCACAACUACGACCACGACUACUGAGAAACCCGCGACAACGGUGUCGUAUUCUUCAGCACCAACCUUGACGACGAAGAGGAUACCAGGCACCGUGAUGACAGUGUCUGCAAUUUCCGACAACAAAGAAACGCAGUGUGGAGUUCCCCCGCUGUUUCCACGACCCGAGACUCGAAUUGUUGGAGGUAAGGAUGCCCCUUUCGGAAGAUGGCCCUGGCAGGUCUCCGUGCGGAGAACCUCCUUCUUCGGAUUCUCCAGCACCCACAGGUGCGGUGGUGCUGUUCUCAACGAAAACUGGAUCGCGACCGCUGGUCACUGCGUCGACGAUCUGCUAACGUCCCAGAUACGUAUCCGCGUCGGCGAGUACGACUUCUCGUCAGUCCAGGAGCGGCUGCCCUUCGUGGAAAGAGCUGUGGCUCGGAAGGUCGUGCACCCCAAGUACAACUUCUUCACCUACGAGUACGACCUCGCCCUUGUGCGUCUCGAGACUUCGCUGACGUUUGCUCCUCAUAUAUCGCCAAUCUGUUUACCCGCAUCUGACGAUCUUCUCAUUGGCGAAAACGCUACCGUUACUGGGUGGGGCCGUCUCAGCGAAGGAGGAACGCUUCCUUCCGUUCUCCAAGAGGUUUCUGUACCAAUCGUUAGCAACGACAAGUGCAAGUCAAUGUUCCUAAGAGCGGGUAGACACGAAUUCAUUCCCGACAUCUUCCUCUGCGCAGGUCACGAGACCGGAGGACAGGAUUCUUGCCAGGGUGAUUCUGGGGGACCUCUUCAGGUCCGGGGAAAAGAUGGACGAUACUUUCUUGCCGGUAUUAUAUCCUGGGGAAUUGGUUGCGCGGAAGCAAAUCUCCCGGGAGUUUGUACGAGGAUAUCAAAGUUUGUUCCAUGGAUCCUCAAAAAUGUGACUUAAUCGAGGAUUCAUAGAAGCUCGAGUAACAUGUACAAAGAGUUUGAUCUCUACCACCAUGAGGAACACGGGAGAAACCUCAAACGGAAUCUACAACGUCCCAGUGAAUGAGACACGUCUGAAGAACCUGAAUGUUUUUCGCAAACUUAGCGAAUACACAAAAAAUCUAAAAACUUGCGCAACCGCGUUGUGAGAAGUUCAAAAGGCAGCGUUGAGUUCGCCCAAGUUUAUAAUAACAAAUAAUAAUAUUCGCCAAUGCCCUAGCGAAAAUGGGAAUCGAUUUAAUUUGUACAGUCAAUGACGACUGAAUCGCGAUGAUAAACUUACACGACUGUAAUAGUUUUUCGUAACUCAAAUGAAGUUAGAUAUUUUUGUGACGUGCCACCAUAUCUUCACAUCUGGAUAAACUAUGACCUGCUAUAACGGACACGAUGUACAAGCACGUACUAAAAAACACCAGCUGCAGGUUUUUGCAACUAAAAUAGAACUGCGGCGACAUUUUUAUGGUAGUAUAAAAUGAAAAAAAAGAGUGGCAAAUGAAAAUUAUAAUAUAUUAAAUUUUUUUAUAGUGAGGUGUCCAAACUAUCCUACAUAUAAAUGCUACGGUCUUGCCCGGAACAUGAAUGAUAAAUAAAUAAGCAAUAAUGAAGACAUUACAAAUAAUUAUAUAUCAUUCUCACUAGAUACCUAUAUAGUAUAUACUUGACAUAUACAGCUUGUUUCUUGUUCAACGUUUUUAUACGGCACACAUACGCGCACGAACACACAUUUUUCUGUAUAAAGCACGGCAUAACUAUAUAUGGUUGAUUACGAAUCAAUAUCAUAAUAAUUAAUAGCGCAAGUAUAUUUAAUGAUAACAAUCACUGAAAUAUUUAUGAUAUACAGUUGUUUAUAUAAUAUAAAUCUUUUAUUUAUAAGCUGUGUCAAAUAAAUAUCCUUCUAUUCAUACUCCUCCGUUUUAAAUACCAUUAUUUUCGCGCAUUAUCUCGUUCGAUUAUCGGUUCAUAAUUUGGGCUGCAAUUAUAAAUAUGAUAUAAAUUUACGUUAAAAAAAAAUAGUACGUUAUUCAUCAUUCGAAUGCUAUUUAAAUUACGAUAAAAAUACUCAAAACCCAUAAUAAUUACACGCGAAUAUAAGCCAAGCUUUAGUAAGAUUUGUGUACAGGGCAUUCCAUAUCAAAUUGACCUGGGACUGACCCUCGACCUCCCCGAUUUGACUCACGAUUUUUCAUAUGAUUGUUUUGACUCUCAAAAGCACUAAAUUUUUCGGAUUAAUUUGAAUUAGAUA